AUGGUUUCUUUCAAGAAUUUUUCUUUGGCUAUUGCCAUUGUACUUGGGUUUUCCGAGAAUUCUGCAUGCAUUCCGCUACCUGCCGCUGCUAUCACCUGCGCCAAGAGUGUUACCAAUGCUGGCAGUCGGAACUGUGUUCACAGAAGCAAGCUGGAGUCAUCAGGGGGAGUGGAUGUAGUACCCGGGUUUCACAACCGUGGGCUCAAUUUGCAUGCAGAUGAAGACUACAUCAGUGCAUUUUUGCGCCGACGUGGACCCACCAAGCCACCUGCAAGUCCAUCCAAGAAAUCGCCAAGCCCCUCCAAGAAACCAGUUGCAAGUCCACCCAAGAAACUAGCUGCAGGUCCACCCAAGAAAUCACCAAGCUCCCCCAAGAAACCAGUUGCAAGUCCACCCAAGAAACCAGCUGCAGGUCCACCCAAGAAAUCACCAAGCUCCCCCAAGAAACCAGCUGCAAGUUCACCUCAGAAGGCAGGCAAAGUGUGCAGGAGAGAUGGCUGCAGUACCCAGGAAAUCCACGUGGCCUUAUACUCUCAAGGCGCAGGGAACAGAGUGAACCCUACAACUGGCCAUGGAAGGUAUCAUUGGGGUUAUCUUGUUGGAUCCAGAGACGGGAAAGCCGCCGUGUACCACGCUACCGAUCGGAAUGAGCUUAACACUAAGACAUGGCGGAUGGAAAAUCCCUCAGGCGGUUGGUGGUUUGAAGCCUUGGCGGAAGUUAACCCAUGGCAUAGCGAGAAGCUUCUUGGGCGUAUUGCUAUUGGGUCAGUUCCAGCUGGAGUCACGGCCGACGAGAUUAAAGCUCUAUUCGAGGGAGUCCCACUGCCAGUUAUCGGCGGAGUGGUUCAGGAGAGUUGUCGGACCUGGGUUUUUAAUGCUAUGAAGGUGCUCCAACAGAAAGGCUGGGUCUCGGCAAAGAUUGACACGAAAUCUUUUGAAGAAUGGGGAUUGUCUUACGCCGAUGCAAGGACAAAGUCGCAGAGACAGCCUAUCGAGACAUAUCCAAGCCAAUAA